CCAGUGUUUACAGCAGCAGGACAGCAGGCUGCACGAGCUCUUGGCUAGUAGCGUGGAGUUGAAUUUGGGCACCCAGUAGUUUGUACUUAUGCAUUUUCUCUCUAAAUACACGGAAACUCGAAAAUAACCAAGGUGGAGUUUGUAGAUUUCAUUUAAUGCUAACUUUUGACUCGAUAUGAACUGUUUGUUGAUAUGAAACAACUCACCAACGCGGAGAAAAACACCUCAAAGGUCUCAGCUAGCUAACAGUUCGUUACAAGGAGCUAUUUGGCUAGCUGGCUAACGCGGUCCAGCCCAAAUUUUGUUUACCUCGAGUGAUUUUCGUCUCGGGCUUUUCGCUACUUUUCUCUGCGUAAGAAUUACAGAAUCAAUAAUCCACACUGGAUUUAACAGCGGGCGCUGUUAGGAAACUAGCAGGAUGUCCACUGAGGUCGAGUGUAGUCAGGUUGAUUUGGGUUUGACAGCGGGCAGCUCCGGUGGGGUGCAGGAGAGCUCGGAGGGGGCUCGCCUGAAAGAACAAGAGGAUCAGAAAAGCUUAGAGGAACAGCUAACAGAUGAGCACAACCCCGAGGCUACCAAGAGCUCGGCGGACGCACACAAGAAGUGCAAAGAAAACGACAAGGAGAACGAGGAGUGCGUCGGCGCUGCUGACUCGGCUGUUCAGGUCGUGAAGAAGAAAGUUAUUGAAGCUCCUCCACCGAAAGUCAACCCGUGGACAAAGAGGACCACCGGUAGAGUUCCAGUCAACUCCCGCUCCCAAGAGACAGAUCAACAAAAUGCUCUGAGAGUCGUCCGAGCCAGCAAGCCAAGGAUGAGAAAAUCCAGCAAGUCAAGUGACUUCAGUGACAUCACAAACUGGCCCACUCCUGGAGAACUGGCCAAGGAGCAGCAGCACGAUGUCCUGAGCAACAAUGGAAAGAAGCCUUCGUCACGCAGAGAAAGAAACAAAAGAAGGGAGGGAUCCAAGAGAAAGUCAGAGAGCAGCCGGGAUGGAGGUGAGAGCAAGGAGAACCAGGAGGCUCAGCCCGAUCCGCUGGGAGAGCUGCCCAAAGACAACAAGUCCACAGAGACCCCAGAUGUCAAGAGUCUGAAAAAACCAGGAGGUGAGGGUAACAAACGAAAGUGGGUUUCUCUGCCGCUGGAUGAAGUGUCCCGGGAUGAUUCACGCUCGUCUCGCCCGGACUCGGAACCCGUCAGCACCUCGCCUGAUUCCACAUCACUCAAUCAAAAGCUCCAUAAUAACAGGAUGCAUGAUAGCAGCUGGCGUCAGAGAGGAGAGCCACAGGACGAUCCCACCAGCGUUCCCAGUGAUGGAGGGACCGUCCGAGGAGGAACACGAGGAAGAGGGAAAGGUCGUGGACGUGGGAGAUUUCAUGGACGAGGUUCUGGUCGGUAUGAAUACUCCCUGAACUUCAGAGACUCCCAGUCGUCCGACAGCUCGGUUCAGGUGCCGGCGGAGUUUGGUACCAACAUGGUUUACUACUAUGACGACGGCAGAAAGGUUCAGAUGUACACGGUGGAAGAGAAGCUACUAAAGGAAUACAUCAAACGACAAAUUGAAUACUACUUCAGCAUUCACAACUUGGAGCGGGACUUUUUCCUGAGGAGGAAGAUGGACGCCCAGGGCUUCCUCCCCAUCUCUCUAAUCGCCAGUUUCCACAGAGUUCAGGCUCUCACCACUGACGUCAGCCUCAUCAUGGAGGCUCUGAAAAGCAGCACGGAGGUGGAGCUGGUGGAUGAUAGGAUCCGCUGUAAAACCGAACCGGAGCGCUGGCCCAUCCCAGUUCCUCUCGUAGUGGGCUCCCCUCGAACAGACUUCUCCCAACUCAUCAACUGUCCCGAGUUUGUUCCUCGUCAGAACCUCGCCUCCACAAACACCGCUUCAUCACCGGUGGCAGAGCCUCUCUCAGAGCCACUGCAGCCUCAAGACUCAGGAGAACCCACCUCCUCCAAUCAGGAGUCCCCCCUAGAAUCAGAAGUGUCCAAAGACCCCAUUGUGCCCAAACCGGACCCUGACAUGUGGAUCCAGGUGGAGAAACGUCACCGACAGGCCUCUGGAAAACCAAAGGGUGAAGGUAAGGCACCUCCUCAGAUCCACCAGACUCCUCUCCAGGCUGAACCGGACCAGGAGGAGUUGGACUUCAUGUUCGAUGAGGAAAUGGAACAGCUGGCACCCAGGAAGAACAAUUUCACAGACUGGUCCGACGAGGAUGACUCGGACUACGAGCUGGACGACCAAGAUGUCAACAAGAUUCUCAUCGUCACACAGACCCCGCCCUAUCUCCGUAAGCAUCCUGGCGGAGAUCGUACAGGAAGUCACGAGUCCCGAGCCCGGAUCACGGCCGAGCUUGCCAAAGCCAUUAAUGAUGGGCUCUACUACUACGAGCAGGACCUGUGGGGGGAGGAGCCAGCCGAGGGCGGCAAGGAUGCGGAGAACUUCAGGAAAAUUAACGUCAUCAGUAAAGAUGAGUUUGACACCCUCACACCUAAAGUGCCCAUCGACCCGAACCAGGAAGUCCCGCCUCCUCCCAUGUCAGUGGCCAGCGAAGCAGAACUGGCUGUCUCUCUGCCUGCAACCGUCCCGGACUCGCCCAGCGCUCGCCAGCCCAGAACACCCAAAACGCCACGCACACCUGGACGCCUGGACCCCAACAAGACGCCGCGCUUUUAUCCUGUCAUUAAAGAGAGCGCCACCAUUGAUGGUCAGAUGCUGAGGAAGAAGAAGACCCGCCACAGCUCAAACCCUCCUCAUGAAGCCCACAUCGGCUGGGUGAUGGACUCCCGGGAACACCGCUCACGUUCUGCAUCUAUCAGCUCCAACGCAUCUCCAUCUGAAGGAGCUCCGCUGACAGGCUACAGCUGCACCCCCCAGUCUCUGCCCAAGUUCUGGCAUCCAUCCCACCAGACGCUGAGGGACAACGGCUUUACUCAGCAGGGAUAUCACAAGUACCGUCGGCGCUGCCUUAACGAGAGGAAACGGCUGGGGAUCGGUCAGUCUCAGGAGAUGAACACACUGUUCAGAUUCUGGUCCUUCUUCCUCAGAGACAACUUCAACAGGAAGAUGUACGAGGAGUUCAAACUGUUUGCGCUGGAGGAUGCCAAAGAAAAUUACAGGUACGGGCUGGAGUGUCUCUUCAGAUACUACAGCUACGGUUUGGAGAAGAGGUUCAGGUUGGAUCUCUUCAAAGACUUUCAAGAGGAGACUCUUAAAGACUUCGAGAAAGGUCAGCUGUACGGCCUGGAGAAGUUCUGGGCCUUUUUGAAGUAUUCUAAAAUAAAGAACCAGCCCAUAGAUCCAAAGCUGCAGGAGCAUCUUCACAAGUUCAAGAACCUGGAGGACUUCAGGGUGGUGCCUCCAAUAGGAGGGGCGGGGGGCAGGAGAAGACAUCACUCCUCCUCAGGCAGGGAUGAAGAACGCCAUCGACAUUCUUCCAACUCUAUCUCCAAUCCCACCAAGGCCUCUAAACCCUCCAGCGCUGCAGCCUCCUCCGUCAAAGACGCCACCCAGAAAGCCCCGCCUGUCCACAGGGAGAAGGCUAGCAGCCGAGCAGGAAGGAAGGAUGGUGCUAAGCAGGAGAAAUGAUCCUGACGUGGAUGGAGCUGCAGCUCAGCUCAGCGUAUUUCACAAACAAACCGUUUGGUCAUGAAGAAAGACGUAGUGUUAAUUAGAUUGUUUUUAUCAGAGCUUUUUUCUUUAAAGCAGCAAGCAUAGGCAGCGAGCUCAUAAUGUUUACAAAACAACACAAAAAAAAUGCAUUCCUCGCAUUUUGUCUUUUGACUCUGAUGCCAAACUGAUUGCUGUAAAUCGUGAAGGUGUUGGAUGGAGACGCUGUGGAGAAUCUCAUGUGCCUUAAUCCUCAUCACGAUGAAUGGAGUGUGUUUAAUGACUAAUUAGUACAGAUAAUCCUGCUUUCUAUCAUUUUUGACAAUCAGGUAGACGGCUGCAGCCAUAGAUUAGACAGAAGCUCCUCCAACAGACGUUCCUCAGUUUAAUUAAAAACAUACAAAAGUAAUGAUUUUUUUUUACUUAAAGAACAGAUUUUAAAGUGUCUGAGGGUCGGCUUCAUUCAGUCAAGUGUUUUAGAGCAGAGCCAAACCAAACUAACUAGUGACACUAAAUAAAGAACAGAAUCAAACAUCUUUAGACUUCUGUCAAACGCUGCAGCUCUGUCAAACAUUUAUCUUUUUACAGCGUUCCAUUUUCUCACCAGAACAGUCGUUAUAAAAUUCAGACAUUUAUUGAGGCUCUUUCACGUUCAUGGUGAGCAAACCUGCUCCAUAAAUUCUUGUUCAGGCAUGGGCAGACAGCUCCCAGGAACAACAACCUGUACCAAACCUGGAUUUGUAUUAGCUUGAAAGCAGCUAACGAGCCAGCCCCACUAGUUCCACCCACAGACAGCUCAUAAUUUAUUGUUUUAUAUAACUAUUGCAUCGACUUGACUGAUGGAACAGUCUUAGGUGAUCAUUUCAGUUUUUAAUGCUUUUGCUUUUAAAUGUGAGGAAAAAUAUGAAAUAUUUCUGUUGGGAUUAUGAGCAUAAACUAGCAUCAAAACUACCAUUAAAUGACUUUUCUUCACUGGACUUGAUGGGUUUUAGAGAUAGAAUAAAAGAUAAAUGUAAAUAUUAUGAAAAUAAUUUGCUAUUCAAUUAUUCAUUUGAUUUUAAAAGUAAUUUGUUUUAUUAGUAGUGUGUUUUUGAGUGUUUCAGAAUAAAGCAGUGCAUGUUUGAUGAAUUGUAAAAUGCAAAAAAAUAAAAAACUAUAUAUAUAUAUAAUAACAUCUGAUUGUAUGAAGUUGUGUUUGAGUGAUUUGUUCUACUGCUCUGCUAAUUCUAGUUGGUUUCACCAGCCACUUACUGUUUUCACCUUUAGAUAUCAACAUGCAGCUGGAGGUAAAACCACAGUGGGACAUCAGUAUCAUAAGUGCAAUGGAUGAACAAGAUGCAGAUGAAUCUUCAAUAAAUAUUCAUAAAAAUGAAUGUCAAAAGUUGCAUAAGCAAUUAAGUGUUUAAUCUUGUUUUUGAAGACCUCACAGGAGCAUCAAACAUCUACCCAGGGUUUACAAAAAUAGCUCCUGGAAGCAGCAUAAUUCAGUUUACAGCUCCAUCUUUAAUCUUUGUCCCAAAAUUUUCAAAAGGAUAAAUCGACAAAUUUUCAGAGUCUUGUAUUUUUUUAGGUUUCAUCUAAGUAACUUUUACAGGAAACCCGAAUGUUCCAGCAGAAUGGAAAUAAAACAAGCAUAAAGAAAAUAUAAAACCAAUCAAUACCUUAUAA